AUGCUCGAUCAUUUGAUUCUGAAUGUAUUAAUCAGCAAAAAGAUUUUAAUUAAUAGUGAACCGUCUAUAGAUGGUUCAACAAUGAUAAUUUCUUCAGCGGAUGAUUUUCAAAAUAGCGAAAACUUAAUACAGCAAAUUGAAAGUAAGAGCAUCGAGACUAUUAAAAUCACAGGGGAUUCUAUUACUGAGAUACCUAGUUUCGUUGGUCUGAAGAAAGUUAAAUUUGUCAACAUUGACGCCAGUCAAGUUACUAAAAUUCCCGAUUACUGCUUUUAUAACAGUAAAAAACUUAAAGAAGUUACCAUUCACCAAGGUCUCACAGGAAUUGGCGAUUAUGCAUUUGCUUUUACGACAAUAGAAAAAAUCAAUCUCGAAAAUGUCAACAAUAUUGGACCAAAUUCUUUUGCUUACUGUAGCCAAUACAAAGAUUUAAAAAUUCCUCAACUCUCUUUUAUCGAGUCUUUCUCAAAUUCAGGAGUUAUCAAUUUAACUCUCUUGUCUGACUGCGAUGUUGCACAAAUUUCAGCAUAUUUACCAUACUUAGAAAAUGUUAACAUCAAAAAAUGUGAUCAGCUCGGUUCUUUUUCGCUUUGUCCAAAAUUGAAAUCGAUUUUGUUCCAAAGUGAGUUUGAAUUUACAAUUUCGCAAUAUUCGUUUUCUCUUUCAUCAAUUGCGAACAUUGACCUGAAAAAUGCCAAAACAAUAGGAUCUUAUUCUUUUGAAAACUCAAAAAUAAAAAAAAGUUGUUCUUGGAAAUAA